AUGUACAUAUUUCGGCGGAGUCCAGUGCGACUAUUUCACACUACAGCAGUGACGCUGAGAGUGCGCCGGGGGCCUCCGAAACAGAAAACCGUGUUGACCCCAGACGAGCUGGUUAAACAUGCAACUACAGCGACCCUUGACGAGAUCAAGAACGGACUCGAAUACCGCAAUCAACUGCGAUUUGUGAAACCGAACGAGUCAUGGCUUGCAAAAUCUUUGGGACUGAGCCCGGAAUCGCCUAAAUUUUGUGAGGACACCAUCGCCAACAGAGUGAAGAUCAAGAACCUGCUUUCCAAUAAGUUUGGCAAGAUAAAUCGUUCUUUCACUGCCACCGAGUUCCUACACUCACCACUAGACGUGGGUGAUGUUGUGGAUUUAUCGUGCUCAUUUGAGAGUAGCGAACUUGCCGUGGUGGUUGAAUUGCCCAUAUCGCUAGAGGAUCCUCGCUAUUCCUUAUUAACCCAUACUGGAGAACUGAAGUUCAUGAGAUCGUCGUCACUUUCUUCACGUAUUCCGCGCUUUUUUCCAAAAAAAUGGUUUGAGAAUUGUGUGUUCAACGAGCGUUAUUUCCUACGCGACGAUUCCGUUCUAUUGACCGGAUCUCCACGGUUUAAGGAAGAGGACGCCAGAGGAACAGGUGGGGUUGUCGAGAGUGCCAUCUCAAAGGCGAUUAUCCAGGGCGACGACUCAUUGGAAACUUACAUAGUGCCUUCACUGUUGGCUGGAAUUGUUUCUUAUGAAUUGUCCAAACUUCUGACGGAAUCGUGGUCGUUACUACCCGCAAUGAACAUGAAGCUGGAGCUAAUACAUACCGCAAUGCAAAACUCGGAAUCCGUCACGAAGGUUUCUAUUUUUCAGAUUGUGGAUGCGAUUAAUGCCACCGACUUGUCACGCCUGUCUCGCCAAGUUGUGGAUGCCGACGCAGAGGUAGUUAUACAUGGGUUCAAAGGGCUCUCCAAGUCUGCUGGUGAGGCCAUGCAUCUAGAGUCUCAUUUCAAUGAGAUGGCUUAUGGCCGGCAACUCGGAGAACUUGAGAUACACCGAAAGAUAUAUGCAGAUAUAUUUUACAGUCUCGUGCUCGCUUUGCGGAAGAACUCGCAACUAUUCUACAGCGACACAGACGCUCUGAGUCCGGUGUCUGUAGCUCUCAUACCGCUGGAAACCAUAGUGAGGCUAGAUGCAUUGGUCACAGACAUGAAAGACGACCCAUAUCUCUUCACGUUAGUGACAACAUACAUGGGUAAGCUUCUUUGCAACGAGGACGUUUCCGAGUUUGAUGUGCCCGAUGAUUUUCACGAGGUAAUCCACAUGAUGAAGCUGUAUUGUGGUGGCAGUAUUGCGGAUGAAAAAAUGGAGUCUUUUGUGGUCAAAGUGAUAAGAUCGCUACCCAAGUUCGGCGAAAUGGAUAUCUCGCGUGCUCUGGUCUAUGACAUCUUGCUGAGACUGGGAGAGAUUUCAAAUACUGAUAGCCCAGUGAAUUGGUGGCUGAUGAAUCCUUGCACUUCCCUUAAAGCUGAAAUGGAGCAGGAGUAUUAUGACUCAAUUACCAGUGAGAUUCUUGGCCUGCAUACCACUACAGAUCGCGCAAAGUCUAUUCGCAAAUCGUUCCGCGAAGAGGUAGUGUAUUGCAUCGACGCUGCAGACGCGCACGAGAUCGAUGACGGUAUAUCAAUCCGAAAACAAGACGGAAAAUGGACGGUUUCGGCAUUUGUCGCAGACCCUGCAUCAUAUCUGUCACCCGACUCACCCAUCUCACAGAUUGCAUUUGAACGUGCAUCAACUUUGUAUUUCAGAGACGGAUCGUCUGUUGGGUUGUUACCUAAAGCACUCGUCGAUGCAUCUCAACUUGGUCAUCAAAAAGAUACUCGUGUGAUGCGGUUUGCCUUUGACUACGAUUCUAUUACUGGCGAUGCAGACUUCGAACAGGCUCAUGUCAACGUUGGAACUGCCUCCUUGUUUGUAAAGAUCACAUAUGAUGAGGUUGACGAGAUUCUCAGCGGAGACUUCUCAGACGCAAUUACACAAAAACUGCAGGAGCAAGGUGUCUCGCUGGAGCAUGUGCGCGAAGACCUGGAAUCACUGCAUCGCGUGUCGACGACCUUGCAGAGAAAGAGAAUGCAACAAGGAGCACUAAGCAACACGUGGUUCAAUCGUAUAAACUUAGAACGUGUUGAGGAAGUUGAAGAUAAUAUCGAGAUCAAAGUGAAGCCCAAUAAUAUCACCACUCCAUCUCAGACCCUUGUUUCGGAGAUCAUGAUUGCGUCCGGUCGUAUCUGUGGCCAUUACAUGGCGUCCAACAGCAUCCCUGCGGUUUACAGGUCGGUUCCUGCUAUUCCACAGUCUGAUGCGGUUACGAAUGAGAUUGAUGCUAUCCGCACAGGAGCUACAGCACCUACGUUUGCGAACCUGAUGCACCUGUCAAAUUUUGUGGGUAAAUCUGCAUUUUCUGUGCUUCCAUCGCCACAUGCGGGACUUGGAAUUCCUGUUUAUGCCAAUUGCACCUCUCCGCUGCGGCGGUUCUGCGACAUGCUAAACCAUUGGCAGAUACAGGCCCAUCUGAUGCGCACGGAAUUGCCACUUACAGAAGAAAACUUGUCAUUUGCAGCGGUACACCUCGUUUCACAGGAGAGCAUCGCAUCCAAAUUGGACAGAAGAUCAUCGGCAUUCUUUAUGUUCAAGUACCUGGAGCACGAGUACCAAGACCCUUCACGUACGUUAGCGGUGAUGGUUACCGGAAUGGCGUCAAAAGAGGGAGUCAUUCCGGUGAUGCUAAAGCAAUACGGAGUCCGUGCCGUCAUGCGUGAGUGCCUCGGCGUCGACACGUUGCAUAAAAAGAAACCACUUGCGAGUCUCAGUGUUGGUGAUACGAUAGAAAACACCAGAAUCGUUGGACUUGAUGUCAUUGAGGGAAAUAUGAUAUUAGAGUCAGACAUGUAUUAG